UGGUCGCCGUGGUUACUUAAUUAAUCACUACGCCAUGAUGACUUAUGGGGGAGUGGAGGUAUAGCUUCAUCGUUCUUGACUUCAACACCAGAUGGAGCUUAGUGAUCAAGUGAUUAGCUUCACAGCCCCGGCCGCUUUAUUCCCGGAGAAGGAUGCCCAGGUUGUUGAUUCAGGUGCAAUACGUGUGACUGUACGGCAAGGGGUCAUGAGAGGGAAGACUAUGACAUCUGCGAAGGGCAGGACUUUCUACUCCUUCCAGGGAAUCCCUUACGCGAAGCCGCCAACCGGAUUGCUAAGCGUCAAAGCUAAAGUUGUCGACAAUGAUGGACGCAUGGUUCCCAUGGGAACCCCUGAAGAGCUUUGGAUUCGAGGGUACAGCGUGAUGUUGGGAUACUGGGAUGACGCAAAGGAAACUCGUCAAUUCAUUGGUCCAGAUGGAUGGGUGAGAACUGGGGACCAGUUCGUAUUGCUGGAGGACGGAUAUGGGAAGAUUGUUGGUCGAAUAAAGGAAAUGAUUUUCAGAGCUGGGGAUAAGAUUUUCCCAAAAGACAUUGAAGAUUUCUUUACGGAACAUCCUGACGUUUUGGAAGCCCAGGCGUUUGGAGUACCGGACACAAAAAUUGGGGAGGAAAUCUGUGUCUUUCUGAAGCUAAGGGACGGAGCAACCCUCACCGAAGGGGAUGUCAGCAAUUACUGA